AGAAGCUUGAAACUUGAUAAUAUUUUUUUUCUACCCGUAAAAAAGUCGAUUCGAUCGACUGAUUAUUGUAGCAACUGAACGCAGUAUGACCAAGAGAGUCAGGUAAUGACCGCCGCUGAAGAGUUUCCCGCCAUUUCAAAGAACCUCAAACUUGAAUACGUAUGGCAACUUGCGUGUGUUAAUGGAUGUCAACGGAAAAACGGAGUGAAAAUUGUUUCUCAGCUCCCUGCGGUGCAAAAAAUGAGUGAAACAAAAAAGAGUAGGAUAUCUACGGAGUCUGUGAUCAAAGAUAUCGCGACGUCGAUCGAAUCUAUAGCGAGUACUAUCGAAUCUGUGAACAAUUCACAUAGUCUACUCUUGAGGCUAAACAAGUCGAUCGUAAAACUGAACUUGCAACUGCAAGAGAAGCAGAAGGAGGAGCUACAGACAUCGAUUAGUAUCCCGGAGGAGCUGGCCAGGAGGGGUCAAUAGACCGAUAUUGUCAGGAUGGAGGAUCAAGCUCAGGCGAUUUCCUUCGCCAACAGCUACUUCUCCCUGGUUGACGGACUUGCCCCCGGCCUCGAGGACCAUCUAGCCCACAACGUCGUCCUCGACUGGUUCGGACGUACGAUUAGCGGCCGCGAAAACGUCGCGGCUUUCAUGAAGGCCCACAAAAUCACGUCCAGACACAUAUUCAGCUCCAUCGAAUCGGCGUCCGGCAUCAGCUAUAGGAAAUCCCAGGUCGCAAGGAAACUUCACCGUGACAACACGGCGGACAAUUACGCGAUAACAUCGAACUGUCGUCUGAAUUUCGAGAGGCUUUCGAUUAGCGAUGGUGAGCCGCUGGUUUUGGACCCGGAAAACAACAACGUGGUGAAGAAAGUCGAAGAGAGUGACGGGCCGUGGGAGCUAAAUGAAAACGAUCUGACGAGGCUCUUCGCCUUGGAUGUGGCGCCAACCAGAGUGGAGGAAAUCGAGGCGAGCAUCCGGAGGAUGCGGACCGAGGAGCGACCCUCGUCGCGCAGGAUAACGGCCGACGAAUGGGCCUUCGACGUUCUCGAGUCGCGAUCCGGGGUCAAGUACGUCGAGGCCAGUGGUCAGAUCGAGUUCUCGAAGAAGUCAGCUAAGCGGGGAGCCGGGCUCCAGAAGUGGCGGAGGCAGAGCCAGCUGCAGAUCGCAUAUUCACUCGUCAGCAAUGAAAUCCUAGACGAGGAGGAACCGUGGGAGGUCGGUAAUCUGGCGCACCAAGAGGCUGUUCAUUCGAUGGAGACCGAUGGCCAGGAUCGAACGCUGCUGCCAACGCUCGUCGAGAUCACAGAGAUCAGCAGCAAGCUCGUCCCGAACAUAAACUGCAACUUCGGCGGCUAUUUUCCGGCGGAGAACGAGGAGGACGACUUCGUUGCGCAGCGCGACCGUUUCUUGGAGAAUUUCAACGCCGAGAUUUCCGUUCGGAGGGCGGAGGCCGCGCUUCGCACUCCUCAGUACAACCGCGAGGGUAGACUCGUAUUUGCCGAUUUAUACGACCGCCCGCUCCGCGAAGAACAACUUCCCCAUAACUGCGGCGCUCGAUUCGUAUUCAACUAUCUCAUUCACCUAAUCAUUUAUCAGGGCAGCUCGAGGUGCAGGCGCAGCUUGAAUCAGGAGUUCAAUGCGCCCUGUGGAUUCGUCGACACCGGCUCGGAAUUCGUGUGAACGGCGAACCCGAUCCUGGGAUCUAUUUUCGAUUCUGUUCGUCGGCGGAUGGAUUUUACUUCAUCUUCUUUCGCUUUUUCACAUAUACUUUGUCAAAACGUGAUUGAAAGAUAUUUUGUACUAUUAUUGUUUUUUCUUCUUUUGUUACGAUUGUUUACUCGAAAUGCGGUCAAUGUUCUUUCGCAGAUUCAAAACCUCUGAGGUGAUUAUCGAUAUGAAAUAUCGGUGCAGAAUAAUUAGAACAUUUUAUACUCGAUGUUAGUGUUCUCUUGUUCAUAUCAUGAAGGAGAUAAUAUAAUCAUCGCGCGAAUUUCAUCUUCGGUUCUUUAUCUAUAUUCUGCUUUCAUCACAAUCACAAUAUGGAAGUUGCUAAAUUUGAGCAAUACAUCGCAAUAUUUAUAUGGAGCUGGGAACAAUAUAAUAACGCUGGGAGCGUUAUCUUUCUUUUCUAUUAUUUGUUACAAAUAUUGAGCUUCUAUUUCACAAUAUAUUUGUCCGACGUUCCCUUGAUUGAGUUUCAUUCUAUGCGCGGACUGGGUCAGCGAUUUUUUUUUUUUAUAAUGUACUUUAUUUUCUGUUGGAUUUUUAUUUAUCAGUUAGCUGUCCGUUCGAUUCAGCAAUUAUACUUAUACCCUGUAUUUGUUUUAUACCAUGCAAUACUGUGAAAUGAUCUCGUUACAGUUGUUAGGAUGAAUUUCUAUUUUAUUUUUUUACCGCGAGGCAAUAAACUAUUAUUAUUUUUAAUAUACCCAAUAUAUAUCCUAAUGAAAUAUAUCAAAGUAUACGCAUACAACAUACAUAAAUACAUAUAAAUAU